CUUAUCGUUCAGUUUUAAAUAAUAAUUUCUAUUAAAUGGAUUUGAAGGAGAAAGUUGCGGUUGUAACCGGUGCAAGUACCGGAAUUGGGGCAGCAACAGUUAAAACAUUAUUAAAUAUUGGAAUGAAGGUCGUUGGUUUUGCUAGGAGAAAGGAAUUAAUUGAAAACUUGGUUGAAAAUCAUAAAGGAAAAUUAUUUGCUCGAUGCGUCGAUGUAACAAAAUCCCAAGAAAUUCUAAAUGGUUUCGAUUGGGUUACCAAAAACGUUGGACCAAUUCACGUUUUGAUUAACAACGCAGGCAUUUCUAGAUAUGCGUCGAUUUUAUCGGGAAAUUUAGAGGAUUGGAAACAAAUUAUGGACACAAAUUUUAUGAGCAUAGCAAUUGGAUGUAAAGAAGCUAUAAAAGUUAUGAGGGAACACAAAAUUGAUGGUUAUAUUAUCAAUAUAAACAGCAUACAUGGUUAUUACGAUUGUCUCGAUCCUAAUUCGAUUAUGUACACAUCUUCCAAAUACGCUUCAAGAGUUAUGACGGAAAAUAUCCGUUUGGAAUUAGCUGAAAUAGGAAGUAAUAUUAGAAUUACAAAUUUGGCUCCUGGUUUAGUUAAAACUGAUAUUGUGGAAAGUGGGUAUGGAAAAGAUUUAAGUAACGCGGUGUAUAAGAAUCUUCCAUUUAUUUUUGCCGAAGAUGUUGCUGACACAAUCGUUUAUUUACUUUCUGCACCUCCACGUAUAAAUAUCUCCGAAAUGUUGGUGAGACCUAUCGGGGAAAUUGGUACAAAGAUAUCCUCAAAUAACUAUUUGUUAAAAUAAAAUUCAAUUAAUCAGGGUUAUUGGUGUAAUUUCCAAUUUAAAUUAGUGAUCGGUAUAUUGUUAUAUUGAAGUUAUAAAUAAAUUUUGAAUAUUAAA